UCGUUCAAAUGUCCGACGCCUUAUCCUGGACCAUCGACCCUCCCCCCUAUCCCAUGUGCUCCAGCCUCUCCUUACCCCGAUAUGGUCUCCACAGCGAGAUCUCAACCUUCGCCGGCGCACGUUUUGACUGGAAGGAGACCGCAGAGGAGCACGUGUUCAAGGUCGACCUACCGGGGUUGAAGAAGGAGGAGGUGAAGGUGGAGUUAGAGGAAGGAAGUGUGCUUAAAAUCAGCGGCGAGAGGAAGCGAGAGAAGGCGGAGAAGACCGAUACUUGGCGUCUUUCCGAACGCAGUAGCGGCAGUUUCUUACGCCGCUUCAAUCUCCCGGAAAAUACGAAGGCCGACGGCGUGAAGGCCGCCAUGGAGAACGGCGUGCUCACCGUCACAGUCCCUAAGGAGGAAGUUAAGAAGCCGGAGGUGAAAUCCAUUGAGAUUUCCGGCUGAUGAAAUUGGUGAACCCCUUUCCAAUGCGAAGUUGUUUUUGUUGGUUUUGGAACCCUGCUCGUGUUUAUCCUUUCUACGUUUUUGUGUUUUAAGUAUGCCCUUUUGUUGAUCUGUGUAUGUAAUGUGGAAAGAUUGUGAUCUUCUUCUUAA